UCGAAUUUUCGCAUAGACAUCGCGUGAAUUUGCCGAAGCGCAAGUGCUCAUCGUGGAGCGGACGUCGCGACGAAACGAAAGAGCGUAAUUGAACGUGGUAGCGCGGCCACCUGGAACGGAUGGCGACGGAUAAUUGCCGGCUCUUGGCGGCGAGCGAGCGCGAGCGUCAUGACGCGUCGUGUCGCGCGUUCGGAGAUGAACGAGAGCCGGGGAGAGUAAUGGGUUUCGACGCUGCGGAUAUUUCGAGACGUCGCCGAUAGUUGCCGCCAGCGAAUGCCGUUUCUCGAGCGCACUUUUAAUGAUGGGUCGCAGGAAAAAGAAUCCGAAAAGAAUCUCUGUCACUCAGAAAAUUUGCGAGAGGAAGACAGCAGAAGAAUCGAAUUCCGGCGAAAAGGAGGUGACGGAAGAGCAAGCAGAAGAUAAUCCUUCCGUUGCCGAAGGCGCGAUCGACGUCUACUCGCGUUUGAAAUUGCCACUCGUACGUCCGACGCAGCAUCGAUCGUCAGACGACAGCGACGAGGAGGACACGAUCGAGCUGAAUUUCUGGCCGCGUUUUGUCUUCGUGUCGAGCCUGUGUCCGAUCUGCAUGGAACGAUCGGAGGUGACCUGCGAGUCUUGCGGCAUGGUUUCUUACUGCACCGUCGGACAUAUGAAGCAAGACCGGCCGAGGCAUCGCGGCCUGUGCGAAGUUCUCACCGAGGUCUGCGUGCUCGGAGGUGGCUUGAUGUCACUGUCGGAGCUCAGCGCGGACGAUUAUCGGGUUUAUCGGCUGAAAUUGAUCGAGAUAGUGCAGUACCGCUUGGACAGGCCUCUCCAGCUCUGGGAGAAGGAGAUACUCCUUUAUCCGCGCGUUUGCUGCGGUUGUCAUCGUUUCUCGGCGACUCUGAGAUGCUGUCCGGCAUGCGGAAUCGGUCUGUUCUGCGAGAAUCACGACGGCGGACAUGUGAAGUGGUGUCGGGAGUCUCAGGUGUUUCGCAGGAUGCUGUUCAUGCAACACAAAAACGGUCACGUAGAGCCCGAGAUUCCGGAUGUCUUCCCGAAAGAAUCGCUUCACUUGCCGGACAAUUUUGAUCGGUUAACAGCACGGCUUUACGGUCGAUCGACAUAUUAUUGCAAUAUGGAUUGCUACACGUACUGCAGUCUCUCUCAUAUCUCGUCCAUUCCGUUGACGGCUUUGUAUUCCAUGCAAAUUUCUUGUAAAAAUUGGAAAGUCAUCGAUAGCCUCGUGAUCCACGUGAUAGGCGCAGAGUUUCAGUUCGAGUGUAUAAAUCUGCACGUGUGGGAGAAAUUCUUUCUACAUCUCCUUCCGAAUUUAAAGCAUCUCAGGUUGAUGUUCGUUGGUCCGGAACUGAGUCUGCCGACGGUGCCAUUAGACCUGUUGACCGCCGUUAGGAUCUGUUCGACUUGCAAAUCGUCCGGACGACGAGUAGAAGUUUCGUUCUAUCCUGGAAAAUUCUAUCACGAUUUCUGCCGUACCAAACAGUUUGUAGAACCGCAUCUCGUGUGUCUCUUUAAUCCGGGUCUCUAUCGGGAAACUGGUUACGACGGCAAGGACACGUGGCCGGAGACGAUACAAGAAUUUUGCAAGACGAAAGUUCCCGUGUGCGUGACGUCUUACACGAAGCGAGAGAUUCCGCGAGAGAUGAUCAGGAUAAAAUCGAUCGCUGAUGUAGAGACGAUUUUGGAGCCAUGUAGGAAUCCAUUCGCCUCGAUCAAACCCGACAGAAAUUUCGUCAGUGACGAUAUGGCGCCACUUAUCUAUAAAAAUUAUUAUCUCGCUAUCGUUAAAGGGAAAUCAUAGGCAAUCUUGAAACGGAUAUUUUUCUUGUGGUUAUUUUACAUUUGAUUUCCGCACAAGUGUAUCUUCCUGAAAUAUAUUUUGUUUGUUUUUAUA